AUGGCUUUAAACCUUGAAAAAGUACUCUUAUUGAUCAUGGUUUUGGUAUCUGCCCAUAAGCUGUUAGCGAAAACGACUAGCAAUGUAGGUGAUUUUACACAAGCUUUAGCAACAUGGUAUGGAGAUCCAUAUGGUGCUGGAAGUGGGGGAGCUUGUGGAUGGGCUAAUGAUGUGCAAUCACCUCCAUUUUCUGCCAUGAUAGCCGCAGGCAAUGCAAAAUUGUAUUUGCAAGGAAAAGGGUGUGGAAAUUGUUAUCAGGUUUUAUGCACCCGACAACCAUAUUGCUCGGCCAAACCUAUUACUGUAACCAUAACCGAUGAGUGCCCUGGUACGUGCAAUGACGUCCCAUUUGCUUUUGAUCUAAGUGGAACUGCUUUUGGUGCAAUGGCAAAUCCAGGACAGGCUGAUAACCUACGAAAUCUUGGCCGAGUUGACAUUCAAUUUCGAAGGGUGCCAUGCAACUAUGGUGUUACAACAAUUGCAUUCAAGAUUGAUCCAAUGUCGAACCCUUACUGGUUUGGAAUGGCAAUAGAGUUUUGUGAGGGAGAUGGUGGCCUUAUCUCAGUAGAAGUAUCAGCAAAUGGUGCACAACAAUUUAGAUGGAUGAAGAACAUAUGGGGUGCAGUUUGGGCAGCACAAGUUGACCCAUCUUUUCGUGGUCCAUAUACGAUUAGGCUCAUCUCCGGAAACCAUGAACCAGUCGUUGCAUUCAAUGCAAUUCCGUAUGGGUUUGCUCCCGGACAAACUUAUUACUCACAUGUCAAUUUUAGAAGCUAGA